UGACAGGGCCGGCAGCGGCGGCGGCGGCGGCCAAGGGCAGGGGCAGCCACAGCCCGGCCGCCGCCAUGGGCUCGCCACGCCGGGCCCUCGGUAACUCGUACGCCGGUAACGGGAGGCUGUCACCGCCGCUCCGGCCGGGCAGCGUCGAGGGAGCGGAGGAGGCCGAGAGCGCGGCCUGGGCUUCUCGGCCCAACCGGCGUAGUUACCUGCUGAGCAUCCGGCCCCAGAACAGCUUAUCAAGCAGCAGAUUCUCUCUCUCCAGUUUAGGAAGGAGCACCUUCUGCGCAAUCAUUUCUCAGCUGACGGAAGAAACCCAGCCACUAUUUGAAACCACUAUCAAAUCCCGUUCUGUGUCCGAGGACUCUGAUGCUAAAUUCACGUGCAUAGUGACAGGGUACCCGCAGCCGGAGGUGACAUGGUACAAGGAUGAUGAAGAGAUGGACCGCUACUGUGGCUUACCUAAGUAUGAGAUUUUCCGCCAUGGAAAUCGCCACACCCUGCAGCUGUACAAGUGCCGAGAGGAAGAUGCAGGCAUUUACCAGGCCUCAGCUAGAAAUAACAAAGGCAUCGUGUCCUGCUCAGGCGUGCUGGAAGUGGGAACCAUGACGGAGUUCAAAAUCCAUCAGAAGUGGUUUGCCAAAAUUAAGAGAAAAGCUGAAGAAAAACUGCGAGAGAUAGAACAGAGCAAGAAACGAGGGAAAGAGAAUGUGGAGGUGGAGAAUGUGCAGGGAAUGAGCCCUGAUCGGCUCCAAAGAAAGCGGAGGCUGGCCAGGGAUCUGAAUCUCCGGUCAGGAGCCUCUCCAUGGGAGAAAGAGGAUGCGGCAAAAGUGCAUGUUGGUGAUUCUCAGUCCAGAUUCCACGAGGCUGAGCUGAAGGAACAGUCAGUGAACACGAUGGCUGGCUUACCAAACAAACUGGUUGCACCUUUGAAAGCAGAGGUGACCACCAAUGGAGACGCUUGUUUGGAAAGUGCAGAAGAGAAUGGGAAUGGCUUUCUCGCGUACAUCUACGAGACAGUGGAAGACCUAGUGGCUAAGCCAAUGGCCAAAGACUCUGCAGCUAAAAAGAAAAAGAAAGUGGAGGAUGCUCCAGCACCAAAGCAGGAAGUUUCAAAGCGAGAGGAAAGUGGGAGAGACAGGACAAAACCCUCAACAAAUCCAAGGUUUGCCCCUCCCGUCCCCUUACGCAGGAGUGCACAUCUGAGGGUAGCAAAUGAUCAAGAAGCGGAAAAUACUCCAAAGAUCAAAGAGUCUGGGAAAGCUGUGAAUCAGGACACUAAAAUUAAUGGUGAUGUGCACUUCUCUUUGAAAGAGAUGUAUUUUGAUAAUCAAGUGAACGCAGCAGCGGAGAAGGAAGAGGCAGGAGCCAAGGAAGAGGCUGCGAGAGAGGCUGCCCUGCAGCCCGCGGGUGUCAGCAGGCAGACAGAGGGUGCUUCGCCAUCCUCAGAGGUGUCAAAGGCAGGACCUGCACCACCCGAGGGAAGGAAGAGCCAGCACACAGCACAGAAGUCGGAGGGACAUAAAGCCGUCGGUCCAGAGGUUGCAGGAGCAGUGGGACGGUCUGCUAGUGACCUAAAACAUCCAGUGUCUGGCCCAACAGUAGAUACCGGUCAGCAAGCCAACAAGUUAGAGGAGCUCAAGAAGGAGACUCCGGUUUGCCAGGACACCAGGGGGGCUGGAAAAAGGACAAACCCCAGGCUGAGGCCUCAGGAGCCACCAAAGCCACCACCACCAGACCACACACAGCCCCACAAGGAGCAACCUCCCUCUAGGAAACAGUCAGAAGGACAUUCCCAUACUCCUGAGGGCAGAGAGGCCCGGCAAGGACUGUCAAAUCAAGAUGUUAAGAGCCAAGGUAAUAAAGAGACAUUGCCAAAGAAAUUGAGUCCUCCAGAGCAUGGAGAAAAUACUCCUCCUGAGCAAAAUGCACAUCAGACAAUGGUAAAGGAUGGGAAGAGCAAAGAGACGGGUUUAGAGCCAUCCAGGAGUGAGCCCUGUGCAGAGGCAAGAGGCAGCAGUAUAGCAGAGUCAUCCCCUGUGGUGGGAGGGACACAUCGGGGGCUUCAGGAGGCUGAAACCCCAGCUCCUGCUUCAGGACGAGUGGCCAAGGAAGAAUCAUCCCCUGUGGUGGGAGGGACACCUUUGGGGCUUCAGGAGGCUGAAACCCCAGCUCCUGCUUCAGGACGAGUGGCUGAAGAAGAGUCGUCCCCUGUGGUAGGAGGGAAAACUCUGGGACUUCGGGAGACUGAAACCCCAGCUCCUGCUUCAGGACAAGUGGCCAGGGAAGUGUUGUCCCCUGUGGUAGGAGGGACACCUCAGGGGCUUUGGGAGGCUGAAACACCGGCUCCUGCUUCAGUACAAGUGGCCAAAGAAGAGUCAUCCCCUGUGGUGGGAGGGACACCUCAGGGGCUUUGGGAGACUGAAACACCAGCUCCUGCUUCUGGACGAGUGGCCGAAGAAGGGCCAAUCCCCCCUCUUGCAGCAGGGACAUUGGUGGCACAGGAGGCCCUGCCUGCAGCUCACAGCAAUAAAAGGAAGGAGCCUGCUGCAGGGGAGGCCCUGUCUGGAGCCCAGCUGCUGCCUCCUGCCAGCAAAGCCACAGAAACCAAAAAGGCAGAUGGAUCUGCACCGCAGGAGGAGUUUCCAGAAAGUUCUUCAGGGCAGGAGAGUGCCAAACAGGUGCCUGUACUACCUCAGAGGAAGGAAGGAGCAGAGCAAAGAGCUGCAGCUCCAAAGCAGGAGCCAGCAGCACCUUCGGGCACUUUUGAAAGAGGCACUGAGGUUCAGCCACAAGCACCACUGGUCCUGCCAAGCCCCGAGAAACCUCAGGAAAUGACUUUGGAGGAGAAGAUGCAGCACAAAAACCUUGUUUCCUCCUUGAAGAGCUACCUACUGCUGCUUUUAAAAAUGUCAGAUAGCAGCAACAGUGACACAAAAGAAGAUGCUGAGCCCAGGGCUGAGGAGCAGCCCACUGCAGAGGAGGCUGUGCUCCCAGAGAUAGGCAUUGCAGGCCUGAGCCCCCGCACCUCAAGGAGAGUUUUGGAAAAGGUACAAAACAACCAGCUCUUCCAGACAGCAGAGAAUUUGCCUCUGACUCCCAGGACAACCAGGCGGAUCACAGGCCUGAUUCAGGAGGAAUUUGUUACCAGCAAAGAGAUGCUGGCUUGCAGGCCCGUGCCGCCAAAGAGACGUACAAAGGUGGCUCCCGAAGCGGAGGGGUCAUCCCAGCUCUCUGUGCCAUCCAUCGUGGUGGGCAGCAUGCCAGCAGCAGGAGCGGGACAGCCUCCUAAUACUGCUCCCAUUUUGACUCCAGUGACCCCUGAGAAAGAGAGCCCUAGUGACCCUUUGGCUGCGCUACCUUGUGCCACACCAGAGGAGCUCGCUUCUGGGGCCCGCCGCAAAAUAUACCUGCCAAAAACGAAGCAAGCUGGGGAGGAAGAGGAGGCAACCCCGGAGAGCCAAGGGCAUGCAAGAAGCCCUACUGUUUCACCACGGCAAUCCAGGAAGAGCGCAGCCCUGCUGCAGACACCUACCCUGGCUCCAUCCCCUCCAGCAGAGCAACGCUCGCCAACCCUCACGAGGAAGAUGGCCACGUUGGAGGUUCCUAAGCUGUAUGAUGAACCCGCAGGUGACAGCAGCAAUGAUCCCGAAGUCCCUGAAGAUGCUAAGCUAGAAGGGCAGCCAGCAGAAUCCAAGAAAGCAAAUAACCCAUUUAAAGCUCCACAGGUGAUUCGUAAGAUCAGGGCUGAACAAUUUUCCGAUGCAUCAGGAAACCUGAAACUUUGGUGCCAGUUCUUCAAUAUUUUGAGUGAUUCUAAGCUGAUGUGGUACAAGGACGAGAUCCCUGUAGCAGAAGCACAAAGGAGUGCUGGUGAUGAGGGCCAGGCAGCCUUGGCCAUUGUGCAGGCAUCCCAGAAGGACUGCGGGGUCUACCGCUGUGUGAUCAGCAAUGAGUACGGCACUGACUCCACUGAUUUCCUGCUCAGCCCAGAAGUGCUGUCAGGAUUCAUCUUGCGGGAAGAGAUCGAAGUCGGCGAGGAGAUCGAGAUGACGCCCAUGGUGUUCGCGAAGGGCUUGGCUGACGCAGGCUACUGGGGGGAUAAGUUCUUCGGGCGUGUGGUGAGUGAGGACAUGGAAGUGGGUGCUGGCUUCCUGCGCAAGGCCUGCCGUGCCAGAGCCAUCUAUGGCCUAGAGCCCAUCUUCGAGUCCGGCCACACCUGCGUCAUCAAAGUGCACAAUUUUAUUGUCUUUGGGACCAAGAAUGAGAACAGCCUCAUCGAGAAGAACUAUGAUAUCACCAUACAGGAAUGUAAAAUCCAGAACUCUAGCCGUGAGUACUGCAAGAUCUUUGCUGCUGAGGCACGAGCCGUCCCUGAUUUUGGAGCAGUGCCUGAGAUAAUUCCUCUGUACCUGAUUUACCGACCGGCCAACAACAUCCCUUACGCCACGAUGGAGGAGGACCUGGGUGGGCCCUGUGAGCAGUACUGUGUCACCGAGAGAGAUGGCAGCUUGGUGGCACGAGGCACCUCGGAGAUUGUGCUCAAAUGCUGUGCCUUCCAGCACUGGGUAUACCAGUGGACGAAUGGAAACAUCCUUGUGACUGACAUGGAAGGCGUGGGCUGGAAGAUGACCAACGUGCGGAUAGCUACCAACCUCAAAGGGUACCAGGGGCUGAAGGAAAGCUGCUUCCCCUCCCUGUUGGAGCAAUUCGCGGCCACUCACCAGUGCAACCAUUACUGCAGCAUCCUGGGCCUGAAGACUCUGGAGCCAGCCAAACCCAAGGGCUCCAAGAGCCCCUCCACAGGCAGGAAAUCAACCCAGUCCAGCCCCCAGCUUCCGAAGAAGGGGAUGGCGAGUCCCCAGGGCACCCGAAAGGCUACUGUGAGCCCCAGGAGCUCCCGGAGAGCAGUGGAAGCAGGGGACGCCCAAGCAGCCUCCAAACUCAGGUCUGGAGAGGGCAGUGGGUCUGGUUGCCCGCAGUAGUCGGAGCUGCGGCUGUGGGGACCCCCACUCCGCCCACCAGCCCAAGCAGCCGGAGGGCAGCGUGUGACCACGUGCUGUGGCUGCUCUCAUCCCUUUGCUCCUGCCCCGGCUCCUCACGUUUGUGUUGUGUGGUGUGUGCUAGCGCAAGCCACUCGACUGGCUUCGCAGCAGGGCCGGCAUAGCUGAGGGCAUUGCGGCUCCCACCCGUGGGCCCCCUCUCACAGACCUCUCUGCAGAAGCUGCGUGGGGCCGUGCACGCCGCUGCGCCAGGACUUGCUUUCCACUCGUUCCAUUUGGCUUGCUUGAACUGGUGCAUUCAAGACGUGGGCCGUCAGACCAGCUCCCUCGGGCUUUGCCUAUGCUGUGCCCCAUUCCUGGCAGUGCUCCGCUGAGCUGACCAGGAGUGUGGGCUCUCCUCCUGGCUCCCAGCUCCUUUCUGCUCCCCCAGCACGUGUCACCACUCUCCCUCUUCAUGUCCUCUGUAAAGCCCAGACAGUGCUCGGUGUCAGGGGUGUGAACCAAACCAGAGCCCGACCGGUCCUUUGCAUGCUGAUUUAAAUUGUUUUGCUGCAGCAGGGUUUAGCGGUGAGCUGCAGCACUUGUGCUUGCCUGCUGCUAUUGCUUGGGGCUCUGGGGUGCGGGCCAGCCCUGUGGCAGGGUGCUGGUGUUGGUGCCAGCAGCCGCACAGGGUGGGAGCUGCACCCCUCUCCUGGCCUCCAUGGCCAGGUGGAUGCUGAGGGCAGUGGUGCUGCUACAGGUAAGGAUGCUCUACCUCAGAUGGGGCGCCCAGGAGCGGGGCAUUGCUGGCCACAUGUGGUUAGUGUCACCCCCGCUUGGCGCAGUUACCCCAGUGGCAACAUCUGCCCCUGUCCCUGCUGCCCUGGUGCCACACAGAGGCCAGCUCUGAGCCCCAGGUUCGCGUGCUGUGGCUGUGGUGGGAGGCAUCGACGGGUGGGCAGCGGUGCCCCUGCUGCAAAGUAAAGCCCCCCACAGCGGGACAAGCCUCCUUUGUCUCAUCCCAUCACCUUCCCUAGGGCUCUGGAGAGGCGUGCUGGGUGACAGCGCUGCCACACCUAAGCAUGGGGAGGGUGGUGGCACCCAAAACGGUGACUCGCUGCAGCCUGGCAGAGGAGGGAAGGUGCUGGGCUGGGAGCAGGGGUGUGCCCCGGUGCCCUGGUGCUGUCGUCAGAUCAUUGUAAAAUAAUGGUGUACAUACAUGGCCGCCUUGGCAAAUGGGUGUGCUCGAGUGCAAUAAAGUGAGAAGGACUGGCCUGGUC